AUGAGCUCAGCUGUAUGGGAUUCUUCUGGCGGAUGCAUCCCACUGAAWCUCGUUCGUGUUCGGCGGCAGCCAAAUCCGGCAGACUAAAGCGCCCGCCCGGCGCUCCGUUCACCGACAACUGCCUCUAGGCGGCGCCGGCGGCCAUGGCCGUCACAUCUUCGAAUCGUUAACAUCAAAUCUCAGCAAAGUUCACGCCCUUCCCUUCCCUACUCUUUUGCAUUCGUGGUCCUCAAAUUACAUCACACUUCGAUUCUGGUGCUUGGCAGCGUCUUUGAAUUGGCGCAAUUCGGUAAUUGUUCUGUUUCUGGAGCUGUACGGGGAGCUGAAGUCUCAGUACAGAAGGAUUGGAGACUUGGACCGGCCAACCUGAAUUAAGUAUGAGAACGGGGAAAAGCAAUCUGGAGGACGAAGAGUACGAGGAGGACGAGUUGGUUGCUAAAAGAGAGGGGCCUUCUUCUACKUCCAAUGCUAACAAUAGCAUCGGAAACAGCAAAGAUGCGAAGAACAACGACAAGGCUAGCGCCAUACGGUCAAAGCACUCUGUUACGGAGCAGCGCAGACGAAGCAAGAUAAAUGAGAGAUUCCAGAUUUUGAGAGAGCUUAUACCUCACAGCGAUCAAAAGAGAGACACUGCAUCAUUCUUGUUGGAGGUGAUUGAGUAUGUCCAGUUUUUACAGGAAAAGGUGCAGAAGUACGAGGGUUCAUAUCAGAAUUGGAGCGGGGAACCCACUAAGUUAAUACCAUGGAGAAACAGUCACUGGCGCAUGCAGACUUUUGUUGGCCAUCCCCAGUCUGGUAAAAAUGGUUCUGCUUCAGGACCAACGUAUCCAGGGAAGUUUGAUGACAACAACAUUUCAAUUUCACCCGCCAUGCUUGCAAGCUCACAAAAUCCCCUCGAUUCCCACACAGGCAGAGAUAUUAUGCAGGACGCUGACAUAAUAAAUAAAGGAGUUUCUCAUCCCAUGUCUCUAGAAGGAAAUAUGCAUACUUCUAUGCGUAGUGACAGUGUUCUUGAUCAAUCUCUUCACAUUCCAAUUUGUGAUGCACAGACAACAGAGUGUCCUAUCCCCAACAAUGCAUCAAGCCAACCGGAGGAGAUAGAUAUUGAAGGGGGGACAAUAAGCGUUUCAAGUCUUUAUUCAGAAGGGUUAUUGAACAGCUUGACUCAAGCUCUGCAGAAUACUGGACUGGAUUUGUCACAGGCUAGCAUCUCCGUUCAGAUUGAUCUGGGCAAGAGAGCAAAUAAAGGGAUAGCAUUUGGARCGCCUAUCUUUAAGGAAACUGGGAAUCCUCCUUCUGGCCACCCAGCAAUGGCACAUAUAGGGGACCUGGGCAGUGGAGACGACUCGGAUCAAGCUAAAAAGCGGCUUAGGACAUGACUAUCAUCUGGCAUCUCGAGUCUCCAGUUUAGUACCCCGUGCGGUUACCGUUUUUAAUGUGAAUUUGAAUGCCAUGACUAUUGUACAGAUUCGCCUUCAUCCUGCUUGGCCUUUUAUACAAUUUCUUCGAACUCAUAUUGCUAUUAUCAUCAGUGUUAGGAAUCCAGGUUCAAGUUGAUAUCCACAUCCAGAUUUCAUUGCUCUGUAUUCUAUGGUUGUAUCACAUAUAAAUGGAAACCUCCCAAACAGAGCUUUAAAGAGGGGAUUUUUUUUCAUAA